AGUCUUUUAUUUCGAUGGAGGGUCAAAUCAACGCUCGUAACAAAAAUGUUCGCGAUGAUUUUUGAUAAAGAUUGUUUUUGGUAUUCGUGAAUUUUAUGCCAUAUUAUCAGGUGAAAAUGUAGAUGAGUGAGUGACAAUGUCUUCCGAAAAUUCACCAAGCAAAGCUCCAUCUGAUUUUUCCGAAAAUCUUUAUGACAGUUCAGAACACGAAGAAAAUGGUACAGAUGAAUAUUUUAAACCUAUAAAAAAACUUCGAAUGAUUCAAGAAAUAGCUCCCCCACCUAAACCGAUCACUUCAUUUCUGAUUCGAGAUAUUUUAAAUCCCAAAUCCAAUGAAAGAAAUAUUGUUCGACCAUGGGAUUUGGGACGUUCUACUAGUGAAUCUCCAUUAGAUGCACUUUUUGAAAUGACUAAUAAAGCUUUUGAAGGACUUGAGGCUGAUGAUCAUAGAAAUUUAGAUCCGAUGCGAGAUCAUCUAAGUCUUUUUAGUAGUCGACAACAACCUAAAAAAAAAAGAAAAUCUCGAACAGCCUUCACAAAUCAUCAAAUUUAUGAGCUGGAAAAAAGGUUUCUCUACCAGAAGUAUUUAGCACCAGCGGAUCGGGAUGAAAUUUCUCAAUCUCUAGGCUUGACAAAUGCGCAAGUCAUAACAUGGUUUCAAAACCGUCGAGCCAAAUUAAAAAGAGAUAUGGAAGAACUUAAAAAAGACGUUGAUGCCGCCAAAGUAAGACACGAAAUGACUGAUUCUGAUUCUCCAUUGGAUACUUAAGCAGUUAUUGUACAGGAUUAUUAUUUGUUGUUUGACUAUGAAUGA